AUGGCUACCAGCCCGAAUCAAGCAUCAAGCACCGGCCAGCAGUUGUCAACGAGGGACGACGACAUCGACAACAACAACAACUACUACUACUACUACUACUACAACAACAAUAGGAGCAGCUGCUUCCGACCAGCACCUGGUCUCUGCCUGUUGCCUUGCACACGCUGUAUGGCAGAAUUUGGUCCUCGGCAGGAUGUGCUCAUGGUAUUGCCGACUUACAGCAGAACGGGCAGCCCAUGCCAAGCAUCUACGGAUAGAAAUAUCAGCACCGGCACAGAUGCCAAGCCAGAGAUGGCUAUGGAUGAGAUAGCAUCACAGGGUGCUGUAGACUGGCAGACAGACUAA